UCAGGCUUUCCUGAACAUUUACAUGGUAUCAGAGCACUAAUAAACUCAAACGAGUUACAUACCUUUUCUGUCUUCUGCUGCUUCCUCCAAUGGCUAUUUCCUCCACCACAUCUGACUCUUCUUCUCCGUCCAUCCAACCUCCCUCUCCACCGCGCCUGCUGAUUCCUUCAAAUCCUCAACUCACUGUCAAGUUAAAUCCUACCAAUUAUUUGCUAUGGCGUGCUCAGAUUCACCCUCUGCUUCGGUGUAACCGUCUCAUCGGACACAUCGAUGGCACUCUCCCUUCUCCUCCCUUGACUGUCGAGAGUCAACCCAAUCCAGCCUAUGCCACCUGGUACGAGAAUGAUCAGCUCGUUCUUGCCUGGAUUAAUCUCUCGCUGACGGAAGCGGUGAUGCCCACCAUUGUCAACAAAACUACUGCUCGUGAGGCCUGGGAUGCUCUCGCUACUGUCUAUGCCUCGGGCUCUCCCGUCAUCAUCGGCCAGCUCCGCAAGAAUCUCCUUCGUCUCUCUCGCGGCAAUGAGACGAUUCAUGACUACAUUCACCGCGCGAAAGGAAUAUAUGACAAGAUGCUCGCUCUCGGCGCUACUGUCACCGAACAAGAGCUGGUGAUUGCUCUUCUCGAUGGUCUCGACAAGGACUAUCGCCCUUUCACUCGCAAUUUGGAGGCGCGCCUGGAGCCCAUCUCAUUCGAGAACGUCAGCAGUCUUCUUUUAAGUGAGGAGAUGCAACUUCAGCGUUUUCGGUCGGCGGCUGCAGAGAUAUCACCGCCACAGUCCUUUUAUUCAGCCAGAGGGGGGGCGCACCGGCGACCGUUCUUUUCGUGGAAGGGGAGCGCGGUUUGGUGGCCGAGGGUUUUUUAACCCGAGCCGGUUUUCUAAUCCCUCUUUUGCAGGUGGGCGGUCUAGCAAUAGUGCACUUCGGCCUGCCUCUGUUGGUGUGUUGGGGGUUGGGCCUUCCAGCCUAUCUUCCAUGGUUUGUCAUAAUUGCGGGGGGAAGGGCCAUAUUCGCCCACACUGUCCAAGCCCAUUUAUCCCAGUCCAGUCCACGUACCAUCCUGGCCCCGCCUCCCAUCUUGCCCAAUCCUUUCACCCUUCUUCAUCCUCGCAACGAUGGCUUCUUGACUCCGGUGCCAAUCACCAUCUUACUUCAGACUUAGGAAAUCCGAUUCAUCAUUCUGAAUACACUGGUCCUGAUCAAGUCACCUUUGGCAAUGGUAAAUGCUUACCCAUCUCUCAUUCUGGAUCUUCUAAUGGUCUUCUUUCUAAUAAUUCCUAUAUUCUUGAUAAUAUACUUUGUGUCCAAAAUGCUCCUAAGAAUCUUCUUUCUGUAAGCUCUUUGACUCGUUCUAACCCCAUCUCCAUUGAAUUUUUUUACACCUAUUUUGUGAUCAAAGAUCGCCACACGAAGGAUGAGCUUUAUAGUGGUCUCGUGCGUGAUGGCCUCUACUCACUUCCUCUUCAUAUCCAAAGCCGCACUCUUCCUCGUGCCUUCACUGCCUCUCUUGAUCUCUGGCAUCAACGGUUGGGCCACGCCAAUCUCCGUGCUGUUAAACACUUAUUGUCCACUCAUUCAAUAAAGUAUCAUGAUAGUUCGGCUACUUUGUGACAUGGUUGUUCUGUUAGUAAAAUUCAUAAACUGCCAUUUCCAUCUUUCCAAUAUCGUGCUUCUGCUCCUUUAGAACUUAUUUGUAGUGAUAUUUGGGGUCCUGCUCCUAUUUUAUCAUAUGAUGAUCGUCAAUCCUAUUAUGUCUUAUUCUAUGAUCAUUAUAGUAAGUUUAGCUGGGUGUAUUUUGUGCGCUAUAAGUCUCAACUCCUCAAUGUCUUCAUCCAAUUUCGCCAACUUGUUGAGAAAUUUUUUGGUCUUCCUAUAAAAAAUUUUCAAUCUGAUUGGGGAGGUGAAUAUCAGGCCUUAUCCUCCUAUCUUACGGCCAAUGGCAUUACUCAACAUUCUUCUUGUCCCUAUAAUCCCGAACAAAAUGGUUGUGCCGAGCGGAAACAUCGUCACAUUGUUAAUAAUGGUCUCGCUAUGUUACAUCAAGCAAAUGUUCCGCUCAAGUAUUGGUCUCUUGCGUUUGAUACUGCUUGUUAUCUCAUCAAUCGCACUCCCACUCCUCUUCUUCAAAAUCACUCUCCAUUUCAUACCUUGUUUAAUAAAUCCCCAGAUCUUCA